AUGGCUUUCACCACCAUCCCCGUUCCCUUCGCUGACGUCGGCAAGUCCGCCAACGACCUCCUCGGCAAGGACUUCCCCGUCGGACAGACCAAGCUCGAGCUCAAGACCGUUGCCCCUAACGGAGUCACCUUCAACGUUCUCGGUAACCAGGACAACAAGUCGGGAGCCAUCAACGGUGAGCUCAAGACAAAGUACGUCGACUUCAAGAACGGCUUGACCGUCACCGAGGCCUGGACCACCGGCAACCUCCUCACCACCCAGAUCGAGCUCGAGAACAAGGUCGCCAAGGGCUUGAAGUUGGACAUCACCGGAGGCUUCCUCCCCUCCGAGGGCAAGAAGAACGCCAAGGUCGGCGUCCAGUACAAGAAGCUCGGCUUCAACACCCGCGCCUACCUCGACCUCUUCAAGGGCCCCACCUUCACCGGUGAUGUCGUCGUCAGCCGUGACGGCUUCAUCUUCGGAGGUGACCUCGCCUACGACGUCGGUGGAUCUUACAUCACCCGCUUCGCCGCCGCUGCCGGUUACACCGCCCCCGAGUACUCUGUUGCUCUCCACGCCCACAACUCGUUCAAGGUCUUCUCGGCCUCGUACUACCACCGCAUUAACGCCGAUCUCGAGGUCGGUGCUAAGGGUGUCUGGGACUCCAAGGCUGCCCCCGCCUCUGCUGAGAAGGGUCACGCCAAGGCCCCCGUUGCCCUUGAGGUUGGUGCCAAGCUCUACCUCGACCGCGAUGCCUUUGUCAAGGCCAAGGUCAACAACGCCGGUGUCCUCGGUCUCGGAUACACCCAGGCUCUCCGCAAGGGCAUCAAGGUCUCUGUCGGUGGUCUCUUUGACACCACCAAGUUGAACCAGGCUGCCCACAAGGUCGGCGUCUCCUUCGUCUUUGAGGCAUAA